AUGGAUAGCCACAGUAAGUUGAGCGAGCCUCUUUUGAACAAAGAAGAGGACUCCCAUCACCACUUUGAUGUGAAGCCAGACGUCUUAUGGUAAUUUUCAUAUAGUGAUUUUUUUAUACUAGAAAACAUUAAUCAUGGCAAGAGUUUAGAAGGGCUAAAUAAUUUAGGAGGCAUUGACGGCCUUGCAGCUAAACUUAAGACUGACAAGAAAGCUGGUAUCAACAUGGACAAAGAGCUCAUCAAAAAGCGAAAGUCCUAUUACGGCUCAAACAAACCUCAAGCUAAAAAGGAGCGCACUUUCAUGGAAAUGGUUUGGGAAGCCCUAGAAGACACAACUUUAAGGAUUUUAAUUGCUGCCGCGCUUAUUUCAUUAGUCGUAGGGAUCUGGGAAGACCCUGAAGAAGGCUGGCUCGAAGGUGUCGCAAUUUUGGUCGCUGUCGUAAUUGUGGUUCUUGUAACCUCAAUAAACAACUGGGUAAAAGAAAAACAAUUCAGAAAACUCAACCAGGAGGCCCAAGAAAGACUUGUCACCGUAUUUAGAGCAAGAGAAAACAAUAAGGAAGACCAGAUUUCAGUUUUCAAGCUCCUUGUUGGAGAUAUCAUCAAAAUUGGAGCUGGAGACAUUUUACCUGUAGAUGCCGUCGUUGUCCACUCUAAUCAAUUAGUUUUAAACGAAAGCUCAGUCACCGGAGAGUCGAAGCCUCUUAAAAAAGGCUAUGAUCAUGGAGAGACACCUUUCUUAUUAUCAGGCUCACAAGUAGAAGAAGGAUCAGGAACAGCCAUGGUUGUUGCUGUCGGCAAGAGAAGCUUCCAAGGCAAAAACAUUGAGCUUAUGCAGCAAGAAGACGAAUCAGAAACUCCUCUGCAAAUGAAACUCAAUAGAAUCGCCUCAGGAAUUGGAAAAGUAGGCCUCAUUGUUGCUUUACUUACCUUUGGAGUUCUUAUUAUCUACUUGGUAGUCCAUACAAUUGAUAAUGGCUGGACUGAUGACAGCUGGAGCAAGCUAAUUUCAAGCUUUAUCAUCGCUGUCACCAUUGUAGUCGUAGCUGUUCCUGAAGGUCUCCCAUUGGCUGUGACUAUAAGUUUGGCUUAUUCAGUUAACCAGAUGAAAAAGCAAAACAACUUAGUCAGACAUUUGGACGCCUCAGAAACUAUGGGACAAGCUACUGCCAUUUGCUCAGACAAAACUGGAACUUUGACCAAAAAUAUUAUGGAAGUUGUUGCUAUGUACUGUGAAAAGAGAAAAAUCGAGAGCAUUAAGCCAUCAGAAUUCAGCCCUGCAGUAAAAGCACUUCUCUGCGAGCAUUUUUGCCAUAACUCAACUGCAUCUAUUACUGUUGACGUAGAAAAGGAUAAGAAAAAAGAAAAAUUCACAGGGUCGAGAACUGAAAUUGCCCUUUUAAAGCUGGCAGCUAUUUUAGGGACUAAUUAUGCUGAUGUCAGAGAUUUAGAUUUAAUUGCUGCUCAAGUUCCUUUCAGCUCAAAACUGAAAAGAAUGGUCACAGUCCUCAAAAAAGGAGAUGGCUACAUUGUCCUUGUCAAAGGCGCCAGUGAAACUGUUCUCGGAAUGUGCUCCAAAGUUGUUGGAAAAGAUGGCAUUGAGCACGACAUCACUGAGCAUGAUAAACAAGAAAUGAACGCUACCAUAACUGAUUAUGCAGGCCGAGCAUAUAGAACUCUUACUUUAGCCUACAAACAUGUUGAUAGAAACUUCCAUGUAUUCAAUGAUGAGGAUGAGAUCAACCAAGCUCAUUUAGAAAGCAAUCUAACUUUGCUUUGCAUCUGUGGAAUUGAAGACCCUCUUCGUGAAGAAGUCCCACACGCAGUCGAAGUCUGUCAAAAUGCUGGCAUCACUGUAAGAAUGGUCACUGGUGAUAACAUUGAAACUGCGGUUGCAAUUGCUAGAAAAUGCAACAUUUUGCCUAAAAACUACAAAAAAGACUCCCCAGAUGACGAUACCGUUAUGCUUGGGUCAGAAUUCAGAGAAAGAGUCGGAAAAUUAAUUGACGACCCGAAUGAUAACCCAUCUGAGAAAGAUAAACGCCCGAGAAACAAGAUUGUCGGAAACAUGCCUGAAUUUACCAAAAUUGUAAGCAAGCUCAGAGUCCUAUCAAGGUCUUCCCCUGAAGAUAAAUUUAUAUUGGUAACUGGCCUUCGUCAGCUUGGAGAAGUGGUUGCAGUAACUGGAGAUGGCUCAAAUGAUGCUCCAGCCCUCAAAAAAUCAAACGUAGGCUUUGCUAUGCAUGAAGCUGGCACUCAGCUUGCCCAAGAAGCCUCUGAUAUUGUUCUGCUUGACGAUAACUUCGCCUCAAUUGUGACCGCUAUCAAAUUUGGUCGCAAUAUCUACGAUUGUAUCAGCAAAUUUAUUCAGUUCCAGCUGACUGUUAAUAUUGUAGCUUUAGUUUUAAGCUUUAUUGGAGCUGCAAUCACCCAAAAAUCGCCAUUGACUGCUGUGCAAAUGUUGUGGGUCAACCUUAUUAUGGACACUUUUGCGGCACUUGCAUUAGCGACUGAACCUCCAAAUGACUCACUUUUGAAUAGGAAACCUAAUAAGACUGAAGAUUCUUUGGUCACCCCAGAAAUGAUGAAGAAUAUUAUUGGACAAUCUUUCUAUCAAUCAGUUUGGCUUUUGAUAAUUCUAUUCCUCGGUCCUGAAAUUUUCGGAGUCCAAUCUGGCCUUGAUGUCGAUGAAGCAUGGACUGAAGAAAAUGGCGUCCACUUCACCCUUUUCUUCAACACUUUCGUUUUCCUCCAAGUUUUCAACGAAAUCCACUGCAGGAAACUCAAAUCCGACGAACUUAACAUUUUCCAUGGAUUUUUCAACAAUUGGAUUUUCUUGUUCAUUAUCAUCAUGACCAUCUUGGUCCAAAUUCUCCUUGUCACUGUUGGUGGAGAGCCCGUCAGAUGUUCGCCACUUACCCUAGAGCAACACGGAAUUUGCAUUGCUAUAGGCAUUGGAGGGCUCUUAUUCGGACUUUUAGUGAGACUGAUGCCAACUACACCAUUCAAAUGCUUCAAGAUUUCUGAAGCACCUCUUACAAGUGCUGAAGCGGACAAGGGAGUUACCGGUUUGAUGAGAAGAAAAACUACUAGGAAGAUUCAGGCUGAAAAUUUAGCUAUUCGUGGAUAA